AUGACACCAGAAUGUAGUGGAUUGAACACUGUACAUUUUCCUGAUGCUCCAAUAACGUAUAAGCAACUGCAUGAAAAGUCGAAGGACAGCGCCAGCAUUUCGUCUGCAACAGAUGUCUUCUGUACUGCAAUUGAUUCGCUGGCAGAGGCUACUACAGCCAUGCUCACCUAUCUGCACAAGCUCGCCGAAUGUCUUCUCUCCAGGCCCGAGAAGGUGCAGGACGGGUUCCUCUACCUGGCUCAAAAGGUCACCCUUAUCAUCCAAGCCGGAAAAAAGUACAACGAAUCCUUGUGUUCGGAGUAUGUUGAACUGCUAAAGCAGACCGAAAAUGAGAGCCUCCAUCAGACAGUUGAUCCCCCACCCAUCUCCUCUAAACGGCAUAUGGCCAACCUCUUCCUAGAAACAGGCGCUGCCAACGACUACCUUAGCAGUGCAUCGGGCUCCUUCGUUCCCAUAAUCCAACUGCUAUGCAUU